CUCGGUCCAGCGCUGUGCAGUCUUCCCGCGCUGGCAUCUUUAGUGUCCACAGUCUCUUGGUCAUCUCCUGUACUGUCUGCAGUCUCUUGAUCAUCCUUGUACUGUCUGCAGUCUCUUGGUCAUCCCCUGUACUGUCUGCAGUCUCUGCUCAUCUGUACUGUCUCCGCAGUCUCUGGUCAUCUCCUGUACUAUGUCCACAGUCUCUGGUCAUCUCCUGUACUUUGUCCGCAGUCUCUGGUCAUCUCCUGUACUAUGUCUGCAGUCUCUGGUCAUUUCCUGUACUAUGUCCGCAGUCUCUGGUCAUCUCCUGUACUGUGCCUGCAGUCUCUGGUCAUCCCCUGUACUAUGUCCACAGUCUCAGGUCAUCUCCUGUACUGUGACCGCAGUCUCUGGUCAUCUCCUGUACUAUAUCCGCAGUCUCUGAUCAUCUCCUGUACUAUGUCCGCAGUCUCUGGUCAUCUCCUGUACAAUGUCUGCAGUCUCUGGUCAUCUCCUGUACUAUGUCUGCAGUCUCUGAUCAUCCCCUGUACUAUGUCCGUAGUCUCUGGUCAUCUCCUG